CCAGCAGGCAAAAUGCGCCCAACCGAACCAGUCUCCGGUUUCAUUGGCCAUGGCUGGCUGGCUAAUAGGGUCGGUCAGUGGCCCAACGACUCUCCCCUUCUCCCCAUUUUCCCUUUCCUUUAUAUACCUAGAAAAGAUUCUCUCUCUCAACGGAACACGAGAAAUUGAAACCAAGCAACAAAAGCACACACUCGUCUUUCGAUUUCCGCCCCCCGGCUUCAACCUCCUCCCUCGUCGCCGCCGUCGUUUUCGCACCGGAAAAACAACUCCUCAAAGUUCGCCGGAAAGAUCUGUUCCCUGCUUCCUUCCCUCUCACUCUCUGCAAAGUCAACUGGUUCUGUUAUCGGUCUCAGCUUUGUUUCCCUCCUUGUUAUAGUUUGACCUGAUAAGAUAUCUGGUUAGUUGAAUAUGGAAGACGAGACGCAAGUCACAUCAGAAGUCCCCAUGGUUAAGGUGCCGCCGGCUGAUCUUAUUGAGGUUGCAAAUGGAGUCUUGCCGCAAGCAGAAAAGAAAGAGGAGGACGAAACAGAUGGAGAGUUCAUCAAAGUCGAGAAAGAAUCAUUGGACGUGAAAGACGGAGCUCAUGCACACGCGGCAGCUUCCUCCGAGGAUGAUAAGCCAUCCAUUACCGAGCAAAGCGCAAGCACCUUGACCCGGGAAUCGCUAGAAGCCGAGGAGAAGAUCAAGGAGCUCAAAUUGGAACUCGAGAGAUUAGGCAAGGCACUGAAGAAGUCUGAGUCCGAAAAUUCGACGGUCAAGGACGAAGUGUUGGUGGCAACAAAGAAGCUCGAGGGGUCCGAAACCCAGUACAAGGAGCUUGAGCUCGAUCACAAGAAGUUGCAGGAGCAGGUCAGUGAAGCUGAGGAGCGAUACGCUUCACAGCUGAAAAGUCUGCAGGAGGCACUCGAAGCACAGGAAUUGAAACACAAGGAAUUGGUCGAGGUUAAAGAAUCAUUCGAUGCUCUUACCUUGGACAUUGACAGCUCGAGGAAGAGAAUCGAGGAGUUGGAGAGCGGGCUCCAGCAAUCUAUUGAUGAUGCAAAGAAGUUCGAGGAGCUGCAUAAGCAGAGUGGCUCUGAUGCUGAGUCUCAUGCACAGAGAGCUUCCGAAUUCGAGAAGCUUCUCGAUGCGGCAAAGCUCAGUGCUAAAGAAAUGGAAGAUCAGAUGAGUUUGCUUAAGGAGGAGGUGACGGGUUUAUAUGCAAAGAUUGCAGAGAACCAGAAAGUGGAAGAAGCUCUUCAGAAUACUGCAACCGAGCUCUCCAAAGUUCAUGAAGAGUUUGCUCUUUCGAAAUCUCAAGUGGUUGACCUGGAACAGAGUCUUGCCUCGAAGGAAGCCGUUCUUAGCAAACUGACUGAAGAUUUGGAGUCGGCAAAGGUUUCAGAGUCGAAGCUGAAGGAAGAUUUCGCAGCUCUCGAGAAUGUUGUCGCCGUUACUAAAGAAGAUCUUCAGGCAAAGGCUUCCGAGCUAGAAGAACUAGCGAAAAUUUUGAAGGAAAAGGAAGCUCUUGAAGCAACUGUGACAGAACUCGCCAACGAUGCAGCACAUGCAAAGCAGCUUUGCAGUGAUCUUGAAGAAAAGUUGAAGCUUUCUGACGAGAAUUUCUCCAAAACUGAUUCUCUUCUGUCGCAAGCACUGUCGAAUAAUGCAGAGCUCGAAGAGAAGCUGAAAUCACUGGAAGAGCAUCACACUCAAGCUGGAGCUGCUGCAGAGACUGCUACUCAAAAGAAUGUAGAGCUCGAGGACUUGAUUAAAGCUUCGAGUCAAGCAGCAUCUGAGGCCCAGACCCAACUCAGAGAGCUCGAGACGCGGUUCAUUGCAGCUGAGCAGAAGAAUGUAGAGCUCGAUCAACAGCUAAAUUUGAUCGAACUCAAGAACCGCGAUUCUGAGAGGGAAAUCGGAGAGCUUUCGGAGAAAGUGACUGAACUCAGUGGAUGUCUCAAAGAUGCAGAGGAACAAAAGAAAAGCUUGGCAAGUCAGAUUGAGGAAUCUCAAGGAAAGAUCACCAGUCUGGAUACGAGCUUAAGCGAGUCAUCAUCUCGAAACCUAGGGCUCGAAGAUGAAUUGAAGAAAGCCAUGGCGAUAGCUGAGGAUGCUGGGAAGAAGGUCAGUGAGCUGGAGUUAAUGCUCGAAGCAGAGAAGUACAGGAUUCAGGAACUUGAAGAGCAGAUCAGCACAGUAGAGAAGAAAUGCGUUGAGGCAGAAGGCGAUUCAGGUAAGCACGAGCUGAAGAUUUCUGAACUCACAUCUGAACUCGAGUCAUUCCAAGCGAAAUCAUCCAGCCUUGAUAUGGCACUUCAAAUGGCCUCCGAUAAAGAGAAGGAAUUGACGGAAAGCAUGAAUCUGGCAGCAGAGGAAAAGAAAAGGCUGGAAGAUGCAUCGAUCAGUGCGAGUGAGAAGCUUAGUGAAGCCGAGAAUCUUGUCGAAGUCUUACGUAAAGAGGUAAAUGUUACGCAAGAAAAGUUGCAAAGCAUUGAGAAUGAUCUAAACGCAGCUGGGUUGAAGGAAAGCAACAUAAUGACUAAGCUCAAAGAUGCUGAGGAGCAACUGGCAGAACAAGGGAAGCUGUUGGAUGAAACGUCAGCGAAAAAAUCGGAGCUUGAAUCAUUAACUGAAACAUUGACUAUGAAUUCAGAAUUGAAGCUUCAAGAAGCUAUUGCAAACUUCAGCAGCAAGGAUUCUGAGGUCAAAUCCAUGUUUGAGAAGCUGCAGAAGCUUGAAGAGCAAGUUAAGACAUAUGAGACCCAGUUGGCUGAAGCAACUGAAAGAUCUGCUUCUUUGAAGGAAGAAUUUGAUUCAUGUUUCCUGAAGGUGGCCUCAACAGAAACUGCCAAUGAAGAACUCAAGAGUAAGAUCAUGGAAGCAGAAGCACAAGCUUCAAAUGCUAUCUCAGAGAACAACGAGCUGCAGGUCAAGGUUGAGGAACUGAAGAAACAGCUGGAUGCCGCUCUAUCAGAGAAGGAUACCACAACCCAACAACUUGCUUCUCAUAUGACUGCAGUAACUGAGAUAACUGACAAGCAUUCGAGAGCCAUAGAGCUCCAUUCCGCUACUGAGUCUCGGAUGCUGCUAGCAGAGACAAAUUUGCAGGAGGCCACUAAGAAGCUGGCUGAGAAGGAUUUAGAAAUGAAAGAUUUGAAUGAGAAGCUCAUUGCUCUUGAAGCUCAGGCGAAGUUCCACGAAGAACAGGCUGCUGAAACGCAUGGAAGCUCACAAGCAACGAAGAUUGAACUAGAGGAAAGUCGAGAGAAGCUGAAGCAUCUAGAGGCAGUCUUUGAGGAGCUGCAAGCCAAGUCGGGUCAUUUUGAGAAGGAGAGUGGUGGGCUAGCUGAGGCAAAUUUGAAGCUAGCGGAAGAGUUGGCUUCAUAUGAGUCCAAAUUAAGUGAUUUGCAGUCGAAGCUCUCUGCAGCAUUGUCUGAGAAGGAUGGAACUGCGGGAGAGCUUCAGUCUUGUAGGAAAACCAUUGAUGAUCUGUCGCAGCAGCUCUCUGCAGAAGGAGAGAAGUUACAGUCUCAGAUAUCAAAGGUUAUGGAAGAGAAUAGCCAGCUUAACGAAGUCCACCAUAGCGCAAAGAACGAGCUCCAAUUGAUCAUUGACCAGCUCACAGAGCAACUGAAAGAGCAGAAGCAGAAGGAAGAAUCCACAAAGUUAGAGAUGGAAGCUCUCAAUGCAGGCAUUAACGAGAAGUCGACAUUACAGGUCCGUCUCAAGGAGGUUGAGGAACAACUGAUGACAGCUGAAGCUCAACUGAAGGAACAGAGAGGCGCCCUUGAAGGUCUAGACGCCAAGAACAAACAAGUCUCGGUUCUGGAGCAGCAAGUGAAAGAUCUUGAACAGAAACUGCAGCUCGCCGUGGCCAAAUCAGUUGAGAAGGACGGAGUGGAGAUCAAAUCGAGAGACAUUGGUGGAGCCAGCCCUUCAACUCCAUCAAAAAGGAAGACCAAGAAGAAGCUACAAGGUCAGUCCUCCUCAGCAUCUGCAGAGACCCUUACCACCACAACGGCAGCAGAAGGUUCAGGAGCCAUGAAUAUCAAGUUGAUCCUGGGAGUUGCCCUCAUAUCCAUCAUCAUUGGUAUAGUUCUUGGCAAGAAAUACUAGAAAGUACCAUUCUUUUUUAUAGGUGUGCCCCCUCAUUACAAAGUUUCUAUUUGUAUGCUUUCUUUUCCCUUUUGGGGGGUUUAUGUUUCUUGUUUUAUUUUUCAAAUUUAUGCUGGGUUGGUAGCUUCAUUUUAGUUACAAGCCAGGAGGAAGAAGGUUUCUUUUGUAUGUAUUGGUGUUCUUUUUGGUUUAAAUUUGGGCAGGGUUUUGUUUUGUUUUGUUUCCCUUCUAAAGGUUGUUAUCCCUUGUCCGAAUUCCAGAAAAAGCCUAGAUGAAAAAAGUGUUGAGGCUUUGAUUUGUUUUUGUGUCACAUAGUCAUAACAUAAGGUUGGAUUGUGUAUUGAUCUAAACCUUUAGGUGGUACGAAUCAUGCCAAUCAUAUAUGAUAUCAUCGUUUAUGUUGACAACGUAUACGAAUAUUAUGAAAAAUACAAUCUUGCACCGUU